CCUCUUCCCCUCUCACCCCUCCAUUCUUUUCUUCUAGUCUUCUCCUUUCCCAUGAUGAGCACCCAACGUAGAGGGACUCGCACGAUUCCACCCGCCCUCCACACCGAUUCCACCGAGUUUGCGCCUUUUGCCCCUGACCUCAUGCAGGGCAUAACAGAGGCAGAACCUCUGUCAAUGGCGGCAGAGUGGACAAAUGAGAAACACAGUAUGUAUCUGAAGUCCAUGGAAGCAUCAUUUGUGAACCAGUUAUAUGAUUCCAAGCAGAUUCUUGGUAGGAGAUUCCAUGAAGACGCUUCCCUCCCCUCCACUGCCUCUUCUGGCCGGUUCAAAGUUCUUCGAGGUGGCAGCUGGCGCAACAUCAACUUUAAAAGAGAAAAUCCUCAUAUAAAUAGGGCUAAUGAGUGCCAUGAUCUAAAUGCAAAUCCUUGGAUUCAACACUUCAGAUCUUCAAGCAAACAAGGAAGUGUGACAUCUCCUGCAAAUGAAGAAACUGCUACUUCUACAAUGGACGCUGCCUGUUUAGGCCGGAGGAGGGGAGUUGUCUCUGGAUCACGUACAAGUUCAGGGCACAUUCACAUCUGUAAAUCUCGCACAUCUAAGCAGGAUGUGUUAUGUGAUGAUACAGGCGAUCUGAUUGGUACAGAGAUGUCAGAUCAGAACUUCGUUGAUGACGAAGUGAAAGACGAAGAGGAAAGCGAGAGAAGCAGCAAUGUGAAAAGGCUGAAAUCUCUGGAAUCUGAAGCUAAAUACAAUGACCAGAUGGUGCCUCUGAGCAAGGAGCGUACCAUUGGAGAUGUAACCGACAACGACUCUGUUUCUGCAGCUCAGAGUUAGCAUCUACUCACUCGCGAGUUGUCAGCUAAAUCGGGUUUGGCUUAACUUGAACAUCAAAACGUGCCCGCGAUUUUUCGAUUUGUUAGUGUAAUAUAUAUAUACACACACACAUAUAUAUUUACAUGUUGUUGCAGUUCUAGUGGUAAUAAUAGCCGUUACAUGGAUCAUCUGUCAUUGGUGUCUGAAUUUUGAAGAUGUUUCCAUUUUAAGCUUCUCUCUUUUUUCUUCCCAUAUAA